GGCAAAUGGUGCAAUAGAUCAAGAGAGAAGUGCAAACCCAGAUCCGGAUGAUAACAAGUACAAUCCAGGCGAUAGUGUGUAUUAUAGGUGCAACACCUGCUAUCAACUUGAUACGAUGCUGUAUGGAUCAGAAACAGAAUUUGCUGUUUGUGGAGAAGAUGGCAAUUGGAACAGACCGGUACCAACCUGCCAAAUUUUGACGUGCAUGUCCAUGCCACCGCCGGAGUUUGGGGGAAGAAACCCAAUCGAUGGAAACAACAAUUGCAAUGAUGAUCCCGUUACCCUCUAUUGCAACGCUGAUUAUGGCGAAGAAGGACCAGGAGUAAACAGUAUAAGCUGCAUCCAAGUGGAAGAUGGAGUGGCAGACUGGGAUAAU